GCAAUUGGUAGUAGAUAGCAAAGCGUCUGUAAGCAGCACGUGUACACGUUGAUUUAGCUAGCUAGUACACCAAUGGACGUGGCCAGUGCUGAUACACGGGCGCCGAUCACGUUCAUAGAACUGCUGCGGAAGCUAUCUUCGCCGGCAGCGUCUAGCAGGGUGAUCGGUAAGAAUAAGUGGGUACAGCUGCAGGCCGGCGGCGGCGCCUACGAGUGCCGGACGUGCGGCCGCCGGUUCGCCACGUUCCAGGCGCUGGGCGGCCACCGGACCAGCCACAAGCGGCCGCGGGUGCGCGCGCACGGCCUCGAUCUCCUGCUCGGCGCCCGCCCAGGCAAGGCGACGGCCCCGGUGCAGUUGCACCGGUGCGGCACGUGCGGCCAGGCGUUCCCCACGCGGCAGGCGCUCGGCGGGCACAUGCGCGGCCACAGCCAGGCCGUGCCCGCCGCCACGUGGACCGAGACGGCCACGUGGUCAUCGACCUCGUGCCUAUCUGGUCAGGAUGACGAUGCCGAUUGGCCUACUUUAAUCCAGUUUAUAUGAGGGAUUAGUGUUAAUUACUGUCUAUAAGUUGGCGUUGCUUUAUUUGAAGUGGAUUCCUUUGCUCUACUCUUGGCCUCUUGGGGAAUGAAUGCACGUGCAUGCGUACGCCUAAUUUACAUUGUAUAAAUGGUUAUUGUAAUAUUCGCCAUAAAAAUUAUAUUGUGAGGGCAAUACGUGCACAUAUGUGAUGUAAUAAAUCAAAGAACUCUGUUUGAAAUCAACUACGUCAGCUGAUCUAUUUCGCUUGGAGAUGUGCCUAAUAAUGACAAAACAAACAACCCUUUUCUCUUUGGUUAGUUUUAAUCAUUGCCCUAGGAGACCAAUAUGA